AAAGAAGCUGUGAGAACAACAAGCUAACAUGUGGAUACAUCUACAACUGAUUUAUUACACUUUAUGAUGUAGCCAAAGGACAUAGAACCGUCUCACCUGUUCUACUGUUGGAAGAUGGCGACUGCAGCGGUGGAUCCACACCUGGGCUCAGGCCCAGAUGAGGACAGUUUGUCUCUGUCAGCGAGCGAGUACAACUCAGACAGCAUCCUCUCCGAUGACUCGGUGCUUCCUGACUACUCGCCAGAGGUAACGAACAGAGGUGCGGUGUCGACUCUGUAUCAAGCAUGCGCCCGCAACGAAACUGUCUCUCUGCGGCGAGUUCUGGAGAGAGGGGUCACAAAAGAGGAGGUCAUGGAACUGGACAUCAACCGCUGGAAUGGCUUGAUGGUGGCUUGCUGCAAAGGUUUCAUAGAUAUCGUGUAUGGGCUUCACAGCUGUCCUUUUAUAGACAUAAACCACCAGGACAAUGAAGGCAACACUGCACUGAUGAUUGCAUCCCAAGCUGGUCAUAUCAGCACAGUCAUGUAUCUCCUGAACUACUUUCCCGGUAUAGACCUGGAAAUCAAGGACUGUCGUGGUUUCACAGCCCUCAUCAAAGCUGCUAUGACCGGGCGCAAUGAUGUCGUGGCUACCCUCGUUAUGGCUGGAGCAAACAUUCACGAAGUCGACACCACCAAAGGAAAAUGUGCUCGGGACUGGGCACUGAAAACAGGACGCUAUGAGACCUUGCAACGCCUCCGUCGCUUGAACAUUCGGCCAAAAGCUGAGCAGUUCUGUGAGAGUUAUGUCCCUGAAUGGCCAGAGCUCAAGGAGAAGGUAGCCAAGGCCACAGGGGAGAAAAGCGCCACAGAAAAGAUUAGCCAGCGGCUAAAAAACACAUUUGGGUUCAGUUUACCUCGUGACCCACAGGACAACGGGGUCUUGGACCACAUGGUCCGCAUGACCACCAGUGUUCGUAGUCCCCUCAUUUCAACUGGAUGCCGUCCACUCUGCCCCAAGAGCCCUCCAGAGGUGGGGAAGAGGCGGCUGGCUGUACCAGAGCUGGUGGUGAAACACCCAGACAAGAAGCUAGAAGACUCGCCGGUAUGCCACAGCAAUGGCUCUGUGUCACACAUCAUCCCCACAAUCCACUCUGUAGAGUCCAUCGACACAACUUGCUGUGCCGACACUCUGCGGCGAGGCAGCAUCCUAUCAUUGGCCUCCACCAAAGUUGCUACUGCAUUUAUUCCUCGCAGCAUGGCGAGGAGGAACAGCGUGUUCCCCUCCGGCUGCAUUCCCAAGAUAGAUAUCAUCAGGCCGACAGAGGCAACGCCAAAGAAAGAGAAAAAGAAGAAGAAGAAUAAGAUCAAGGGCUUCCUGGAACCACCCAUAUGGAGGUACAAGGAGAUCAAGGAUGAGAAAAAGAGAGAGAAGAAGAAGCUGGAGAAGGAGAAAGAGAAGCAAGAGAAAGAACAGAAAGCGAAGCAAGAGAAAGCAAAGAAAAGGAAAGACAGCAAGAAGACCAAACAAUAGGACUUUAAGAAUAAGGGCUUUUCUGCUCCUGCGAUUACUCCCUAAUGUUUUUAAAUGUGUUCAACUCAGGACUAAAGAACCGAAACCAAAUACAUUGGAAACUAUCAGUGAAAACGGAAACCCACAAAGAGGAACACUGACUGACGCAGGGCCUCAAGUGAGAACUACAGAGACUCUUGAGGAGUAAGGUUUUCAGUUUAAAGGU